GUAUCAUAUUUCAUAUACUAUUGUCAUUUGAAGUACGCAUCGAAAAAUGGUGGAUGAUAGUAGGAAUCGACAAUUUAGUAUUGAAUAUCUUAAAUUUAAAGAGUUUUAAGUGAAACAAUAUAUUAUACAUUUUACUUGUAACUCAAAACAUUGAGAAUGGGUUCAAAUAAACGACAUAAGACCGAGAAGAGCCGGGAUACUAAGAAGAAGCGUCAUCGUAGCCGUUCACGAAGUUAUACGCCUGAACGUGAGAAAUCGGAAAAACAUAGGCAUCACAAAAAGCAUAGAAGGAAAGAACGCAAGGAUUAUGACAGCGAUGUUGAAAUAGUUAAUGCACCUCCUCCACCAAAAAUCUCUAAGUCUUCACAUCCGUCAACACCUCCACCUCCUGAAAUUUCUAAGCAGCAUAGUCCUUCGCCAAGUAAAGGUGGAACACAAACUUCCUUAUCUAUUGAAGAAACUAAUAAAUUAAGAGCAAAAUUAGGCUUAAAGCCAUUAGAAAUUGAUAAUGCUCCAAAAGAUGAUCCUAACAAAAUUAAAGAUGAUUUGGGAGAAUUUUAUCAUAAACCUGCUCCUGAUGUUAAUGAAAAAUUAAAAACUCAGAAAUUAAAGGAAAAAAUUGGUACUCAAAAACAAAAGAGAUUAAUUGAGGCUAAUUUAGCAAAAGUAAAAAGUUUAGGUGAAUGUGAUUCUGAUGAUGAUACUAAAAAUUGGGUUGAUAAAAGCAGACGUUUAGAGGAAGAGAAGAAAAAAGCAGAAGAAAGGGCAAAAAUGUUAGAUCAAUUAGAUGAGGAAUUUGGAAUUGGAAAUUUGGUUAAAGAAGAAAUUCAUGCUGCACGUAAUUUGGCUUAUACUGAAAAUUUAAAAGGCCUCAAAGUAGAACAUAAUAUUGAUAAAUUUGAAGAAGGCAAAACAGUCAUCUUAACAUUAAAAGAUCAAGAAGUAUUACAAGAAGGAGAAGAUGUACUCGUUAACGUAAAUAUAACGGACGAGGAACGUUAUCAACGCAAUAUUUUAAAUAGAUCUAAAAAGCCCGGUUAUGAUGCAUACGAUGACGAUAAUUUUGAUGAGUUUGGUUUUCCAAAAAAAACAAUUUUGGAAAAAUAUGAUGAAGAAAUUGAAGGAGAAAAAAAGGAAACUUUCACACUUGGAAUUAAUAAUAUUAAAGAUGUUAAGCAAAAUAAACUCGAUUAUGUUAAGCAACGUUUAGCGAAUAAGCGGAUAGAAUCAUUACAUUUAGCAGAACCAAAAUUAGCUAGCGAAUAUUAUAAUGAAGAAGAACUUGCGAAAUUUAAAAAACCAAAGAAAAAGGUUCGAAAGAUUAGAAAAAAAUUAAAAGCUGAGGAUUUAAUUCCUGAAGAUAAUGAUUAUCUUCGGGAUCUUGGAAGUAGAAGAAGCAAACGAACAGAUGAUGUAAAAGAUAAUGAUACUUUAGAUAUAGAUGAUUUAGAGGCUCCUACUGAAGAUCUUACUGGAAUCAAAUUGGAAGAAGAUGAUAAGGAAUUGGAAUUACAAUUAGCAUUGAAAAAAGCUCAACGAUUAAAAGAAUGGCAAUCGUCAAGUAUCGAAAAAGUUACAGAAACUAUAAAACAAGAACCUGCAAGUUCAGAAGAAAAUCAAUCUGGAAAUAUUGUUCUUAAUGCUACUGCAGAAUUUUGUAGAACAUUAGGAGAUAUUCCUACUUAUGGUCUUGCUGGAAACAGAGAAGAGAAUGGUCAGGAAUUGAUGGACUUUGAAAUGGAUGGUGUUAAAGAAGAACCACCCGUGAACGAGGAAGAAGAUGAUGGUCGCGGUGCUUGGAAUACCGUACAUUUAGAUGAAAGCACAUCAGAACCUAUAGCUAUGGAAGCUGCGAUUUUAGACGCAGAGCCUUCGCUUGGACAUGGCGUUGGUGGAGCAUUGAAACUAGCUAUGAGCAAAGGUUAUUUGCAAAAAGAGGACAGCAGUAGACCAUCUGCAUCUCGUUUUGCACAUUUACAAGCUCAGAAUUAUUCGAUAGAAGACAAAACUUAUGGAGAUGAUGAUAAAUUUGGAAGAAGAGAUCGUUUUAAUGGUCCAACAUCAGAAUUUAAAGAAAAAGAAGGUUUCAAACCAAAUGUUAAAUUGGAAUAUAUCGAUGAUGACGGCCACGUUUUAAGUGCAAAGGAAGCUUUUCGAUAUCUUUCACAUAAAUUCCAUGGAAAAGGACCAGGAAAAAACAAGGUCGAGAAACGAAUGAAAAAAGCAGAACAAGAAGUUUUAAUGAAGCGAAUGUCUUCUACAGAUACACCUCUAGGAACACUUAAUUUAUUACAAGCAAAGCAGAAAGAAACUCAAUCUCCAUAUAUAGUACUCAGUGGAAGCAAACAAAUGCAAACGACUAGUAUAUCAAAGUCAAAACAUUAAGUCAAAAAGCUUAUUUCAAUGAAAGUUGUAUAUAACAUAGAAGCAAAAGAAAUGUCUUAUCGGUAUACUUUUUCAAACAAAUCAAUAGAUUAAUCGUCGUAAAAUGAAUAAUAUUGCACAUUUUUUCCUUUGAUUUGUUAAUCUACUUAUAUAAUAAUAAAACAAUAUUUGUGAGUUUAUAAAG